AUGGCUACAAAUGAUCCAAAUAUUCCUGAAGAAGAAGUCAACUAUCCGUGGCGCCCUAGGAAACAGCUAAUGACGAAUCCAGAACCAGAUGAGAGAACUAGAUUAGCUGCGGAGGCACAGGCGGCUCAGCCUCAACCUCCGUCUGAGGCCCAGGUCCCUCCUCCACGGGACGUUCAUGUUCCUCCCCGUAGACCUCGUGGGCUACCUCGUAAAAAUGCCGCCACAAGAAGAAUUGAGCAACCUCUGCCACCGACAGAACAACCUCUGCCACCGGCAGAACAACCUGCCCCUUCAAGGCCCCGAAGAAACACACGGGCUAGAGCUCCUGUUAACUCAGCUGCUGAGUUACCAGCGGAAACUGGGAAUAACCGAGCCCCUGCAGCGGCUCGGACUCAGACUGCUGGUAACGCGCAGAAUGUUCCUAAGUUAGCACAGGUGAACUCGGGACCAUCCAGACCCCGAAAUGGGUGGCAGCCACUGUCACCCAUACAACACCCUCCGUCGCCAAUUAAAUAUCCUUCACCAUCUCGGAGAAACACACAACCGACUCAGGAUAAUAGGGAAAGGCGGGCUGGACGGAAGCAGGGGAAUGGAGGAACUGCUAGGGAAUAG